AUGCAUCUGCCAAGGACUCCAACUGAUGAAGUUCUACGAAACGGGUUAAUCGAAGUAGAAAACAUUAUCAAUUCACGUCCCCUCACCUACGUCCCUAUCGAUAACUCCGAAAGCGAGGCACUAACGCCUAAUCAUUUCUUGUUAGGCUCCUCUGGAGGCACGAAACCACUAGUGCCUUACGACGAUAGCCCCGCUACGCUGGUUAAUAGUUGGAAAACCUCUCAAAUUUUCGCCAAUAUGUUUUGGAGGCGGUGGCUCCGAGAGUAUCUGCCGUCGAUCACUCGCCGAACCAAAUGGCACUACCCGGUGAAACCAAUCCAGAUUGGAGAUGUGGUGAUAGUUGUCGAUCCCGAUCUACCAAGGAACUCAUGGCCUAAGGGUCGUGUCGUCAACGUCAGCCAGAAAAAUGGACAGGUGCGAAGCGCAACGGUGAGGACCUCGGCAAACAUCUACGAACGACCAGCAGUGAGACUAGCGGUUCUAGACGUCGGCGCAACCGGAAGUACGCAGGAAUCUGGAUCCUGUGUACCGGGGGGACUGUUACGCAAUCUGCGAAUGCGCCUCCGCUACCAACGAACCUCCACCUAG